CAGAAUGGCGCAAGGAGGGCUACCUCAUACAACAAGAAAAAGGGCUGUUUGGUGAGAAGGAUAAGAGGCGUUGGUGUGUCGUGGAAAAGAAUAAAUUUCGUAUCUACAAGAAAUCUAAGGAAACUCAGUUCAAGGAGUUUUGUCUAGAUCACUGCGAAUUUAAACAUGGGAAGCGUACAGGGAAGGAUGACCAUGAACAUAUGUUCCAACUCAUUGCUGAUGAAAAAACAACAUUAACAUUCAUUGCUUCAACAGAGGAUUAUUUACAAUGGAAGGAUGCAGUUAUUAGAGGGAAAAUGUACAUGAUUCUUCAAUGUUUAAAAGAUUAUCGAGAAAGUAAUAGUGAACGUCGCAUUGUCCUCCUUGGAAAAACAGGCAAUGGCAAAAGCGCAACAGGAAAUUCUAUUCUUGGCGAAGAGUCCUUUCUAUCAGCUUUAAGAAACAUUUCAGUUACAAAGAAGUGCAGUCGUGUUGCUCGAAAAAGAUUCGGAAUAUCUAUGGAAAUCAUCGAUACCCCAGGUCUUUACGAUACGGACAUGUCAAACGAGGAAACCAUCAAAGAAAUUGUGAAAUGCAUCGGUUUGUCAGCUCCCGGUCCCCAUGCUUUUUUGCUCGUUUUAAAAGCCACGUCGAGAUUUACAGAGGAAGAGGAGAAUGCUUUGCAGAAAUUUGUUAACCACUUUGGGGAUACUAUUUACCAGUAUUUCAUAGUUGUUUUUACAGGCAAAGACCAAAUGGACGCGGAAAAGAUCACAAUAUCAAGUUUUCUAGAACAUGUUCCCAGAAAUUUGAAGGAGCUGCUUUCGAAAUGUAGUAAUAGAUACUUUUUCUUAAAUAAUAAAGAUAACGAUGGAAACAAAACAGAGCAGAUUUUGGAAUUGCUUAAUGUUAUUCACAAUAACUUGAGUGACAAUAAUUUGCCGUUUUACUCCAAUGAAGAUUAUGAAAAGGCUACAGAAGCUCUGAGAAAAAGAGCAGAAGAGAUACGACAGAAAGAGGAGGAAGAGCGUCAAAAAGAAAGAGAACGUCUUGAAAAGGAGUUAAAGGAAGAAAUUAAAAAGCAUAUGGAGGAUCGGGAAGCCAGUGACAAGAAGAAAGAUGAAGAAAUCAAAAAGCUACGUGAAAAACAUGCGGAUUUAGUUAAAAAACUAAACGAAACGGAUGAAAGUGACAGACUUAUGGAGAUUGCGAAAAAAGAAAUUGAAGAAAACAUUACGGAAAGUUUUCUAAAGGUGGCAGUUUCGCAUUUUGAAAGUGCGGGCCAUUCUAUCGUGAGCGGUAUUGGUGCGGUUGGGCAGGAACUUGCACAGCAGCCUGGGAGACUGUUUUCAUGGCUUGGUUGGGGAAAGAAGUAAAACAAUGAAAACUGGUAUAUCAGUAAGU